AAAAAGAAAAACAAGCAAGACGAGGAAGUCUACGUGAGCCUGUUUGAUUUCAAAAGUGAUGAGUAGAGAACAGAAGAAGGGGAAGCAAGAGAAAGGCGGCUCGGAUGUUGCUGUGAAGGUGGUUGUCGCAGUUAAAGCCUCCAAGGAGAUUCCUAAGACUGCUUUGGUCUGGGCUUUGACUCAUGUUGUGCAACCUGGAGACUGCAUUACUCUUCUUGUGGUUGUCCCUUCACACGCUCCAGGUCGAAGAUUAUGGGGAUUCCCAAGAUUUGCUGCUGACUGCGCCAAUGGUCACCGGAAGUCUCAUUCGGGAGCAACCUCAGAUCAGAGGUGUGACAUUACAGAUUCCUGUUCCCAGAUGAUCCUUCAGCUUCAUGAUGUUUAUGAUCCAAACAAAAUCAAUGUGAAGAUAAAAAUUGUUUCUGGAUCACCUUGUGGGGCAGUCUCUGCAGAAGCCAAGAAGGCGCAAGCCAACUGGGUUGUACUAGACAAACAGCUGAAGCACGAGGAAAAACGCUGCAUGGAAGAGCUGCAAUGCAACAUAGUGGUUAUGAAACGAUCCCAGGCAAAAGUCCUCCGCUUGAAUCUGGUUGGAACAUCAAAGGAACCUGAAGUUGUGGGCCCAUCACCUUCCAAACUAAAUGAAGCUUCUGAGCAGCAUUCAAAAAAUAAGAAUAAUUCUUCAGGCUCCAUUCGAGGACCGGUGGUUACUCCAACAAGUAGUCCAGAGCUUGGAACACCCUUUACUGUGACUGAAGCAGGAACUUCAUCAGUCUCAAGUGAUCCGGGAGCUUCACCAUUUUUUAUCUCAGAAACAAAUGGAGAACUCAAGAAAGAGGAACCACUGGUCAUUAAGGAAAAUAGGGAUCUUGAUGAAUCUAGUUCAGACACAGACACUGAACAUUUAUCUUUGGCUUCAAGUUUAAGGUUUGAACCAUGGGUAGGAGAGUUACUUGGUUCUCAUAUUAAAUCCUCAAGACACGUAGAAGAAAGCUCUCAGAGAAGUAAUUGCAUGGCGCAAACAUCAACAACAGAAGCUUUGCUAGAGAAGUUCUCAAAACUUGAUAGACAAACAGGAAUUGGAAUGUCAAACUACAGGACUGAUCUAGACUUGAGUGUAAACGUGAGAGAGGCAAUAUCAUUAUCCAGAAAUACGCCUCCUGGCCCGCCUCCUUUGUGUUCGAUAUGUCAGCAUAAGGCACCUGUAUUUGGGAAGCCCCCAAGGUGGUUUAGCUAUGCUGAGUUGGAGCUUGCUACUGGAGGAUUUUCGCAAGCCAAUUUCUUGGCAGAGGGUGGGUUUGGAUCUGUUCACAGAGGUGUAUUGCCAGAUGGCCAGGCAGUUGCUGUCAAGCAGCACAAAUUGGCUAGCUCACAGGGGGAUGUAGAAUUUUGCUCAGAGGUGGAAGUCCUUAGCUGUGCUCAGCAUCGAAAUGUUGUUAUGCUCAUCGGGUUUUGUAUUGAGGACAGAAGGAGGUUGUUAGUUUAUGAAUAUAUAUGCAACGGGUCACUAGAUUCUCAUCUGUAUGGGCAUCAUAGGGAGCCAUUAGAAUGGUCCGCGCGCCAGAAGAUUGCAGUAGGAGCUGCUCGAGGGUUACGUUAUCUUCAUGAAGAAUGCAGAGUAGGUUGCAUAGUCCAUCGUGAUAUGCGGCCAAACAACAUUCUCAUAACCCAUGAUUUUGAACCCCUGGUUGGAGAUUUUGGCCUAGCAAGGUGGCAGCCUGAUGGCGAUACUGGUGUUGAAACAAGAGUGAUCGGAACAUUUGGGUAUUUGGCUCCAGAAUAUGCUGAAACCGGUCAAAUCACAGAAAAAGCUGAUGUUUAUUCCUUUGGAGUAGUUUUGGUCGAGCUUGUUACAGGACGAAAGGCAGUGGACCUCAACCGGCCAAAGGGCCAGCAGUGUCUCACGGAAUGGGCGCGCCCUCUAUUGGAAGAAUAUGCCAUAGUGGAACUGAUUGACCCACAGCUUGGCAAUCACUAUUCAGAACAGGAGGUCUACUGCAUGCUCCAUGCAGCAUCGAUAUGCAUACGACGGGAUCCUCAUUCCAGGCCUCGUAUGUCUCAGGUUCUCCGCAUACUAGAAGGUGACAUGCAUGUUGACACGAAUUACAUGUCAGCACCCGGGUAUGAUGUGGGGAACCGGAGUGGAAGGAUUUACAUAGAUGAACAGCAGCAGCAGCAGCCGCCAUCAAAACAUUAUGGUGUUCUGCUGUCAACGAAUGAGGCAUUGGAAGGAUUCAGUGGGAAGCUCUCUUUCGACACCCUAGAGCCAACUUUCCGGGAAAGGGAUACCGCCAGGAGGAUUUCAUGCCAAGAUGAUUUGUAAAGUGCUAACCCUUAAUGAACCACAUAUGGUAUGCUAAAUAUGUCGCUGGCCCAUUUGCAUUUUGUAUUUGUUUUGUUUUCCUUUUUUUUGCCUUGUGUAUGUUCAAAUGCCAUCUUGAUUUUGCUUUGUAUAGUAGAAGGGAAGUAGGGGUCGCAAUGUUCUGUGUAAUUCUUUGGUAAAUGAUAGGAACUGAUAUCAAAUAGCAACGAUGCAGAGUAUUAGUGAAUACGUAAUGCUUCGAAUCAAUGAAGCAGCAGCUUCUGGGAA